AUGGACGCCGCAAUGUCAUCCGAUCGUUCUGUAAAUGGUUUAGUAGUCUUUCUCACUCUAUCUGUUUUCCUCGCUGUGUUAACCUCGGGACUUAUAGUUUGCCUGUUGAAAAUAUGGUGUGGAGAUAAAAGAACUAGGACUCAGCCUGCAAAUGAAGUGAGUCAUACUUGUUAA